GUUACCUAUUCAGUAACAAACUCACAAGUAAUUGAUAUAAUAGUUUACAAUUAUUCUGUAGAGACGUAUUUUAACUAUUUAAUAGUGUGCUGGAAAAAAGUUGGCGUGAUGUUAUUAACUUCAAUAUGGGUGUUGGACCUCUUGAUUUUAUUUGGAGUCAGCAUAUUAUUUGCGCUCAUAUAUUCUACCAGAAAAUAUGACUACUUUAAGAAAAGGAACAUGCAAUAUGAGAAGCCCGUUCCUUUAUUUGGAAGCAUAUUACCUAUUUUAAGUAUGAGAGCCACCAUAGGGGAAUGGUUACGUCAGCUGUAUGAUUCGUUUGAAGCACCAUAUUUUGGGAUAUUUGUAUUCGAUGAACCCUAUAUAAUUAUAAAGUCUCCUGAGAUAAUCAAACUUAUUUUAGUAAAAGAUUCCAACAAAUUUGCAGAUCGAACUGUAUUGGCUCCUAAACAUAAUGAAAUGUUAUCCAAUAUGAUGUUCUGGCAAAAAAGUCCAGACUGGAAAAAGGUUAGGGCCAAGAUGACUCCAGUGUUCUCCUCUGGGAAACUUAAAGGCAUGCUUCCUAUUAUAAACGAUGUUGCGGUGGAGUUAAAUCAAUAUAUACGUCAAAAUUUAGGUAAAUUAGAGACGAAAGAGGUUACGGCAAAAUAUUCUACAGAUGUGAUAUCUAAAUGCGCGUUUGCAAUAGAUCCGCAUUCAUUUAGGAAUGAUAUGAAUGAAUUUCGAAAAGUUGGUAAAGUUUUUUUUGAGUUCACAUGGAGGAACAGUUUUGUACAGAGCCUCUACUUUUUUAAACAGAAUUGGGCGACCACAUUACGCUUGGAAUUUUUCGAGAAAUCGGCUUUUACUUUUCUGAGAGGCAUAUUUUGGAAAGCAAUAGAAAACAGACAGCAGACUAAUGUUAAAAGGAACGACCUUAUUGACAUAAUAGUGGAAAUGCGAAACAACAAGGACUUGUGUGAUGAGUUAAAUUUUGAUGGAGAUAAAGUAGUGGCUCAGGCAGUGCAGUUUUUUGUAGCCGGAUAUGAAACUAGUAGCUCUACUUUAUCUUUUACGUUAUACGAGCUUAGUCUCCAACCCAAAAUCCAGACAAAAUUAAGAGAAGAAAUAUUAAACAAUAUCAAACAAUAUAAUGGAAUUACCUACGAGGGACUGAAGCAAAUGAAAUAUAUGGAUAUGUGUAUCUAUGAAACUCUAAGGAAAUACCCAGUGUUGCCAUUCCUUGACAGAAGAUGUAAUGAAGACUAUAGAAUUCCGGGAACAGAUUUAAUCAUACAAGAAGGAAUGCCGGUAUACAUUCCGAUGAUGGCACUACAUUAUGAUGAAAAAUAUUUCCCAGAACCGGAAAAAUAUGAUCCCGAGAGGUUCGUUGAAAAAAACUCACACAACGUCAAUGGAUUGUAUUACAUGCCGUUCGGAGAAGGUCCUCGUGCUUGCAUAGGAGAACGAUUUGGUAUGCUAGGUGUCAAGAUAGGAUUGUCACAUAUUUUGUCCGAAUUUGUACUAGAGAGAUCACCAGACACACCAGUGCCUGUUAAAUUUGAACCAAAAAGUUUUAUUCUUCAAUCUACAGUGGGUCUGCCUUUGACAUUUAGAGAGUAUCAUCCAACAACAACAUAUGAUAAUUAAAUUUUAUCCAUAUAAAGUGAAGUGCGUUAUAUAUGUUUAGGUAUAAUUUGAGUGAACUUGAUAUAUACAAAUAAAGUUGUUAAGUGAAAUUAAAUGUUAAAUUUCUUAAACUGCAAUAAAAGUUCAUAAGUUG